AUGAAGUCGCUUCCUGGCUCCCCCGACGCCGCCGAGACGGAACGACCCGAUGUCAGGGCCCGGCGAGCGAAGAGCGUUGUCGGAGGCUACCUCCUCAUCGACAAUGUCGAAGGCCCCCUCAAGCUCAAGGCUCUGGCAGACAACGCUGCCACCCUGCCUCUCAACCGCAUCUUCAUAUCGUUUGUGAGACCAGACCUCCAUUCGAGCAAGUCAUUCAAGCAACUGUAA